GUGACACCCAUAAUCACAUCACCCCCUCCUAUGUUUCUAAUCUCACUUCUAUCUCUCUGUCUCUCUGUACGUUAAAACACACACAGUCUUCUUUUUAAACCAUUUUCCGGUCACCGGAAACCGCCAAAUAAUCAACUCCGGCAAGGUGGCACAUCUAUAUUUUAGCUGAAGUAUUUCCCAGAUCCGUAGUGUUUUAGAAAAGUUUUAAAUAAAGAGAAGCUAUAUGUUGUGCCCAGAUGAGAAGAACUGAUGUUAUUAGCAGUCGAAGGAGGGAGGUUUUUCUCUUCCUCAGCUUCAGGUUAUAGUAACGGUCUGAACCUUCUUCUCUUGGGUCAUAAAAAGGAGGAGAAACCCAUGAGAGUUACCCCGUGGAAUCAGUACCAUUUGGUGGACCAAGAAUCUGACCCUCAUCUUCAACUGGCUGCCAAUAAGAAACGGUGUGCCUGCGGGUGUGCUUCCUUUGCCUGCUUUGGUCAUCCAGCCACAGGAGUCGAGAGCCCAUCUGUAGGACCCACCCAGCAGCAGAAAGACGCUAAAAGUUCUAUUAAUCUAGAAAAAGUUGAAGAAAUUCCCCGGGCCUCAGAGUUUGUGGAAGGCGAUGGUAAUGGUAAUCGCAUUAGCGUAAAUUCUCUUAGAAGCAGCUUGAAAAGACCUGCAUUGGCUAUUCCUGCCUCGGUUUCUGUUCAUAAUGGUGAUGAGGUCGAGUCUGUAUACGAAAGUGGUAGAAGGAGUGUGCAUUGGACGGAUGUUAGAGGGGGAGAACUCUGUCAAAUUCGGGAAUUCGAGCCCAGUGAGCACAGUGAUUCAGAUGAUGAAUUUGAAAACAGUACUGGGAAAUCAUGUGCGUGCACAAUUAUGUAGUUUGAAGUUGUAGCUUUGGAUCGUGUUUUUCUUAACCCAAGUCACUGGCACUUUUUAAAAAAGAUCAAGUAUCGAGAACAGUUUUUGUAUCAUAUCAUCACGCCGAGUUGUACAACAAAUUUGAUAAGUUAGUUGUAAACGACGUAGUGACUCCGACACCUUGUACGUGUGUAAGUGAUCAUUGUCGUUUACGAAAAUAUCAACUUUGUUGUAACAAGUCGACGUUAUGACAUGGUACCAAUGAGUGAGUUAUUGCAGUUUGCUUCACCUCCAUCUCUGUUCAUAUUCCAGUUUUGUUUUGUUUUCAGGGCAUGUCAUUCUUGAUUUGUUUUGUGGUAAUUAACGCGGUCUUGUUCUCUAAUUUAAUUUUGUGGUUUCUACUUA